AUGGCAAAAGUCGCUGAUCUUAUUGAUCCAGAUACAAAAACUUGGAAGGUCUCAAUCAUUCCACGACUUUUCUCAACUGAAGAUGCUAAAAAGAUUCUUGCAAUGAUAAUACCAGCAUAUUCUCAAGACAUACUGAUUUGUACGCUUACUCGACAUGGUCAAUUCAUUGUAAAGUCGGCAUACCACAAACUAGUGGCUAUCAAGAACAACAUCUCCAAUAACUUUAAUACCGAAAUUGCAAAGUUUUGGAAAGAGCUAUGGGGUUUGAAUACUUUUGCAAGAGUCAAAACAUUCCUAUGGAAGUGUAUAGAUGACAACAUUUCAUCCAGUGAACGUAUGGCCCGAGAAACACAUUACAGAGUAGAACAAUACAGAUUGGGACUAAUUCUUCGUAAUUCUGUAGGUGCAUUUGAGCAAGAAAUAUGCAUCUAUGUGCAUGGACACUUAGAUGUGGAGAGGAAGAGAUUUUACACCACAAAAACAACAAACACUUCAUCUGCAAUUAUAACUAAUGCUGUUUCCAAACAUUUGGAAGAACCUGCAUUGAUAAAGCUGAAGAACGAAAGAAAUCCAGAUAAAUUGUUUUAUUUGUUUAAGGCGAAUGCUAUUAACCGUUUGGUAAUCGAGAAUCGAUUUGCAUUUGAAGAUACUGUUAGUCGCCUUGCUGGUGCUGGACGAUUUGAUUAUAUUGACCAGCUUCUUGAGGAGCAGAAAACAUUACCACAAGGGCAUUGUGAGGGGUUUGUUAUUUGGAUUAUAACAUUAUAUAGAAAUGCCGGUAUGAGUAAGCAUGCUGUUGAUACAUUUUAUACUAUGCAUCUCUUUGGUUGUCCUCGGACUGUUAAUCUUUCAAUGCUGCUCUUAAGGUUUUGGGACAGACCCGUAAUGCAGAAGAUAUUAAGUUAUAGUUUAAUGGCAAAAAAAGUAUAUUCUGCAUUACAUUAUAAAGGUGGCAAGCCAAAUAGAAUGAUAUACCAAACGAUGAUCCAUUACCUUUGUGAAGGAGGCGAGUUUGAUGAGGCAUUUAGAAUGUGUAAGGAUAGCAUGGGAAAGAACUGGUUUCCUAGUUUUGUUACCAUCGGUAAGCUGCUAGUAGGUCUUCUAAUGAGUUCAAAGAGCCGUAAUGCUAAUAUUCUCAUGGCACUGGUUAGGGAAAGAACUCCUACUUUUUCUAAGAAGGAAAUUGAGCAUUUGGAAUACGUUAGUUCUACAACUCUGGAGCAUAUGGUCAAAAAAUGAUGAAUGGAAGAAUCGGAUAGUUUAUAAAAUAAGCAAUGCAGCUCUGGAGGUUCUAUGAUGCAUUAAUUGAAGUUUUUCGCUAAACUGACAUGAAAGCGACACGCAACAGAUGGGUUGCUGGUGCAGCAGUUCAUGGCUAAGGGAUAGUCAUGGUAAUUCAGAGUGCUAGUGAGAUUGAAGAGCUGGCAGGGAAAGUUGAGAACACCGGCGGAGUUAUUUUGUUUCUGUGUUAAUGGUCUAUUUGCAUCAUGGUGGCGUGAGGAUCACAAGAUUUACUAACAAGUCUCACAUCGCACGUUCUGUUCUUGAGAGCAUCGUUUUCAGGUUAAAGAUGGCUUAGACUCGAUGAAGAAGGAUGCUGGGGAAAAGGGCGAAGUGAAAAAUGAGAAUGGAGAUUUUUUGCUCAGAGUUGAUGGUGGAGCAACUAUUAACAAUCUAUUGAUGCAAAUUCAGGCAGAUUUGUUGUGAUGUCCAGUCGUUAGACCAGCUAACAUUGAAACCACAGCUCUUGGUGCAGCCUAUGCUGCUGGAUUAGGUGUGGGAGUUUGGGCAGAACAAGAUGUCUUUUCUGGUGAAGUGAAACAAGAGAAACCUACCACCUUCCAGCCUGCCUAACUUGGAUGAGGAGCCAAGGAAGAAAAGAGUGGAGUCUUGGUGUAAAGCUGUCUCAAGAACUUACGCUUUUUAUUGUCUUUCAUUUUCUUCUGCUGAAGUUUUAUUUUCUUCCUUUGUUUCAUUCAUGAACUUAAAACUUAUAAUUUUGGAAUAAUGAACCAGUGUUACUGGUAUCAGACUUUUCAAAGUUGAUAAUGAAAAUCGUAGGUUUU